ACUAAGUCUAACUACUAGCCUCAUCAACGUGCCGCUCGUCCGGAAACAUAACACUAGGGCCUGACGGAGGCUGCGGCGCUGCGCAAUAUCCGUGAUCUCUUGUGAAACACCCAACCAUAUUGUAUUUGAGGCGGCAUCCCUCAGUUCCCUGCUGGCAGACUUCAUGCUUUCCGCUCCACUCCUCGACAAAGAAAAUUCGUCCGACGUGACGAACUUCAAAUCAUCACCGGCGGCACGCCAUGGGGUGCAGGACACCGGGCCCAUAGUAAUGACUACCCUCACGGAAGAUGGCAGAUUCGCCACAACGGAAGGCACCCUGCGCGUCUCGAAGCCAUUCCGGUCAAGAUCAACGAAGAAACUUCGCGCAAUGAUUACAUUUGAACCCAGGAAGACGCAUUUUGACACCACGAAUGAAGCAUCGGGCACCAAUGAAUUCCGGGGUUUCUUUACGCUCUUCUGGAUGUCACUGUUUCUAUUCACAGUGCAGACUUAUAUCAGUAGCGUCGAAGCCAACGGUUAUGCUCUGUCGUUCGCUUUCGCGACAAUGUUUUCUCGGCACGCAGUCACGUUAGCACUGAGUGACUUGCUUCUGGUUUCCACCACUAUUUUAUGUGUUCCAUUUGCCAAGGCCAUCAGCAAAGGCUGGAUCAACUACUAUUGGACAGGCGCCAUUCUACAACACAUAUUCCAGACAUGUGUGCUAAUCAUCACAAUCACAUGGACAUUUCAUAGGCAAUGGCCCUGGGUCCAGUCCGGCUUCCUCACUCUCCACUCAUUUGUCAUGAUCAUGAAGAUGUAUUCUUAUGUUUCCGUGAACGGCUACCUCCAGUGGAUUUCUAGGCGCUCGAUGGACGUUCUUGCAGAGCUUAAUCGCGCUACAGCCGGUGUUGGAGGAUUGGAACAGGCGUUGCGCGACGCGACUUCGAAGAAAGGAGAGGCAGAAGCGGCUUGGCGAUCAGCCGAAACUCAAUCUACUGAUGUAUCAACGCCUGUGGAAACGUGCACCCCUGACGCCGAGGGAGUAUUGAUGAAGUCGUUCACGGACGUGAAGACGGCCGCUGCCCUGAGGCAACGGCUUACUGCCGUCUCCAGAGGUGCAGAUGGGAACACUGAAACUGAACAUGGUGCGGUUAAUGGAAAUGGGCGCGGAAGUGAGGGGGUUGAGGUUGCAUGUGUCCUUUCAUACCACCCGGAUGAGCUCGUCGCAGGUCUAGCAAAGGAAUUUCUGGACUUGGACUCAGAGUUAGUGAGCGCGGGCCCAGAACAAGUGCGUUGGCCUGAGAACGUCACGUACCGGAAUUUUGCUGUUUACCAACUGAUCCCGACCUUGGUAUACGAGCUGGAAUACCCAAGAACCGACCGAAUACGGCCGGUAUACAUCUUUGAAAAGACGAUUGCGUUCAUGGGCUCAUUUGCGCUGCUGUAUACAGUCGCGGAGUGUUUCAUCAUACCGCUCACGCCUACGCCGGAUCAAUCGUUCUUCCGCUCCCUCCUUGACCUUGCAUUGCCGUUCAUGAUUGCCUUUCUGCUUCUAUUUUAUAUCAUAUUUGAAUGUAUAUGCAAUGCGUUUGCUGAGCUUUCCUACUUUGCCGAUCGCCUGUUCUAUGAAGACUGGUGGAAUUCUACAUCUUGGGAGGAAUUCUCACGCAAAUGGAACAAACCGGUACACAGUUUCCUCCUUCGGCAUGUGUAUGCUUCGACACGCGCCUCGUACGGCGUAUCGCGCACCACAGCGAUGUUCUUCACAUUCUUUCUCAGCGCCAUGGCUCAUGAGCUGGUCAUGGCGAUUGUGACGAAAAAGAUUCGCAUGUAUCUGUUUUUAAUGCAACUCAUCCAGAUCCCAUUGAUCUUGGUGUGCAGGGCACCAGUGAUCCAGCGCAACAAGCUCAUGGGGAAUGUGGUGUUUUGGCUGGGACUCUACGCUGGCUUCCCGCUGCUUUGCGUUGCGUAUGUUGCAUACUAAGGAUGUAACGUAGGAGAAGGAGAUGUCGGCACACGAUCAGAAAAAUAGAAGAUAAAUAUGUCGAGAGCUAUCACGACAGAUUCUUUCGGUACCCUAAAUUACUAUACAUGUAAUUUAAUAUCGAACAUGCAGCAUGUUCUGAACUCUG